CAUAACAAGCAACGACAAUGGAGUCAUUAUCAUGCUAUUCAACAUAUUUUCAAGCUCUCAACAACUCCAUAUUUUGAUUCACACAUCUCCUUAUUAUAUAUAAACAAUAAAGAUAUGAUUUUUAUUCUAAAGACUAGUGCUUUAUUAGUUUGGUUUGGUGUAUGCAUAUUCAUUCAAGUAAAAGUUCAGAAUUUUGUUUUGUUCUCAUUACUCUGUAAAGGUUUAAUCUUUACUCAGUGUUAUGAUGGAAGUGAAGAGGGGAAAAGCUUUGUUCAACAAUGGAGAAUCAUGUGUAGUGGAUAUUCGAAAGGUAGUAGAAGCUAAAGAGCAAGAAGGGUCUUCUUCAAAUGUCUCCCUUGCUCCACAUGAGACUCUUACUCAUCGGAAAACUCUUAUAAGGUCAGUCUUUUUGAAACCGAAAUCCAGAUUCGGAGAGACCUCAGCUCCCAUUGAUACAGCCAUGGUUGAAGAGCACCCUUCACCAGGCCUUGAUGACUUUGAGGACACUUAUGAAAAAGUUGAGAUGAAGAAAGAGAAGAGAAAGAAAUUGAAGACCAAAGCGUUGGUUGAGUUGGUUUUGUUUUUGAUCUUAGUUAGUUGUUUGGUUUGUAGCUUGACUGUCAAGAAAUUAGAGAAAACAAUCAUUUGGGGUUUGGAGUUAUGGAGAUGGGUUUUUCUAGUUAUGGUGAUUUGAUGUGGUUUAUCAAUGAUCAAUUGGUUUAUGCAUCUAAUAGUUUUCAUUAUAGAGAGAAACUUUUUGCUUAGAAAGAAAGUUCUUUACUUUGUUCAUGGGCUGAAGAGGAGUGUUCAAGUCUUUAUUUGGUUGGAUUUUAUUCUUCUAACUUGGGUACUUGUCUUUAUCAACCAUGGUGUUCCAAGGUCUAAAUUUACUACCAAAAUUCUAGAGUCCAUAACUUGGGGUCUUGUAACUUUUCUCAUUGGGUCAUUUUUAUGGUUGUUAAAGGCUCUAUUGUUGAAAAUCUUGGCUUCAAGUUUUCAUGCCAACACAUUCUUUGAUAGGAUUCAAGAAUCAAUUUUUCAUCAGUAUGUGUUACAAACCCUUUCAGGGCAUCUAAAAUUCCUACAGCAUCCAUUUAUGGAUGUGGCUAAGAGGGUUGGGAGGUUACCAAGCAUGGGGCAAUUGAGUUUUACAAGUACAAAAAAGGGAAACAUGAAUGAAGAAACUGAGGUUAUUGAUAUGGCUCAGCUUCAUAAGAUGAAACAAGAUGAGGUUUCAGCUUGGACUAUGAAGGUUUGGAUUGAUGCUGUUUCGAGUUCGGGGCUUUCGACAAUCUCUUAUCAGUUUGAUGAGAUGGAAAAUGUUGCUGCAGAACAGAAUAAGGAGAUUACUAGUGAGAUGGAGGCUACUGCUGCUGCUUAUCAUAUUUUCAGAAAUGUUGCUCGACCUGGCUCCAACUACAUUGAUGAGGAUGAUCUCUUGAGAUUCAUGACCAAGGAAGAUGUGUACCUUGUUCUUCCUCUAAUUGAGACAGAGAAUGGUCGAAUUGACCGAAAAGCUCUCACUGAUUGGGUGGUGAAGGUGUACAAUGGUAGAAAAGCACUAGGACAUGCUCUUAGUGACACUAAAACAGCAGUUAAUCAACUGAACAAACUUGUUACCACUAUUCUCAUUGUGGUGACUAUUGUAAUAUGGCUUCUACUAAUGGAAAUUGAUACCACAAAAGUACUAGUCUUUUUCUCAUCUCAUCUUGUAUUGGCAGCUUUUGUGUUUGGCAAAGACAUUGUGUUUGUGUUCAUAAUGCAUCCUUUUGACGUCGGGGAUCGUUGUGUCAUUGAUGGCAUUCCGGUAAUGUUCAUUUUUGCAAAAACUUUAAAGUUAUAUGUUUGGUCGAGAGUAGUAAAAAAAUGAAAUUUUUAGUACAUGUUUAACAUCAUAAUUAAAAACUAUUUUUUGAGAAUAAUUAGAUUGGGGUCCAGAGCACGGGGUCGGGAGCCCAAUUUGGGGUCGAGUUUGAGGUUGAGGCCUGGACUUGGGGUUGGAGCCAGGCAGAGGUUUGGGGGCAAGGGUAAAGGUGGUCAGGGUUCGAGUUUGGGGUCACGGCCGUGGUCUGGGAUCCGGUUGCUAGUUGAAGAAAUGAACAUCUUAUCAACUGUGUUCUUGAAACUCAACAAUGAAAAAGUAUAUUAUCCAAACUCAGUUUUGUACACAAAACCCAUCAGCAACUACUAUAGAAGUUCAGAUAUGGGUGAUUCUAUAGAGUUUUCUAUUGACUUCAAUACCCCUGUGGAGAAAAUAGCUUUGCUCAAAGAAAAAUUCAAGAAGUGA